CUUUGAAAUAGCCACACCCCCUGAAGCUGAGCUACAUAUUGCCAUGUACCGAGUUCACCGUUCAUUCCAUACUGCGCCUGAUGGUUCUUGCACAUGGGUUGGGAAGAUUGUAUGCCUUAUUGAUGUCACUCAUGCUGUAGAACUCAUACCAGUCUAUGGGGUAACAUUGGAUUGCACUGUUACCUCCGCAACGUCUCUUGAACGCUACAAUGAUUUCUAUCUCAAUGCAUUCUCCAACAAAGAGUGGUACCAUAUGCUACAUGCAGAUUAUGUCUAGCUUUACCUAGUUUUGUGCCAUAAUGUUUUCAAUCUA